CAUGUAUCUAGUUACUACUUACUAGUAGGCUAGCAUGUACUUAAAAAACCCAUGGGUCAUUAACUCUAGUCUAGUAGUCUCCCACAAUCACAACUCAUUAGGAUUAGGAUUAAAAGAUUUAGACUCAAUUCUAUAGUAGAGUACAGUAAAUGACAGAAAAAUCUUUCUGUAUUGGAAAACCUGUUGAUUUUGAGUAUUGAAGAUGAACAAGAAACAGAAAACCCAGCACGAUUCUAAGGCAAGACGUGGUGCCAUAGAUCUGUACGCUGCACAGUGUAGCCAAUGUGAUAAAUGGAGGAUAAUCACUUCACAGGAAGAGUACGAGGAUCUGCGCUGUAGAUUCUUGGAAGAGCCAUUCACCUGUGACAGAAAGCCAAAUGUAACAUGUGAUGACCCAGCAGACGUUGAACGUGAUGCUACAAGGACAUGGGUAAUGGACAAGCCUAAUCUUCCGAAAACCCCAGAAGGAUUCAAGAGGGAACUUAUCGUUCGAUCUGACUAUUCAAAGCUGGAUGCAUACUAUGUAACAGCUACUGGGAAGAGAUUGAGAUGCCACAGAGAAGUAAAACAAUACUUGGAGAAACACAUUGAAUACAAACACUUGAAGCUAGAAGAUUUCGACUUUUCUGUUCCGAAAGUAAUGAAUGAAACUAUCCCUGCACAGAUCAAAGUAAAACGUGCAGAGAAAUCUGAUAGCAAAGGUAAAAUCUGAUGGCUAGAACAAGGUACUUUUGCUUGUUCAUGGGAGAAAAAGCUGAGAACCACAAAAAGUUCAGAUUUGUAGAACUGUAGUAGGACUUGCUUGUUUAUAUAUGGUGGAUUGGAGUAUGAUUUUGGUAUGAAUAUGUAUAGUAUAUACUCCACUAUCUGGAUUCUUUUUGUGUAUGCUUGUUGAAUAUUACAUUAUCUUUGUUGUGUCAUCUAAUAUAUGGGAGUUUGCUAAUUGCUAUGAAUAGAGAAUGAGAUUAA